UUGUUGUUUUGACCCUUACUAGAUUGUCAAGGAACUGUGGAUUCUUGCUCUUUUAUUAUAUACGUAAUGGUGGAGUCUGAUUUCUUAUUUUUCAUUCUAAUUGCAGUCUAGGCAAAAAGCACUUGCAGACUUACAGCAAAUGCAGAGCGUGCAUCUUGAGAAGCUGAGUGACAUACAGUGCCAACCUGAGUCACAGCUAAAGUUCAUAACAGAGGCCUGGCUUCAGAUCGUUGAGUGCAGGCGUGUUUUGAAAUGGACAUAUGCUUAUGGAUAUUAUUUACCAGAGCAUGAACAUGCCAAGAGACAGUUCUUUGAGUACUUGCAAGGUGAGGCAGAGUCUGGGUUGGAAAGACUUCAUCAAUGUGCAGAAAAGGAGCUACAUGUUUACCUUAAUGCAAAGGGCCAAUCAAAAGACUUCAAUGAGUUUCGCACAAAACUUGCUGGACUGACCAGGUAGUUGCCAAACCAAAAA